AUUUUAGACCCGUCGCUCUCCCUCACCCAGUCUUCGUUCUUUGAAUAAAAAAUCUAAAUCCAAAUUUCAAAUUUAAAUUAUGGCAAUACGUGUAGAUUUAAUUCCUUCUUGGGAAAUGUUUAGGCGUGUUUACCGAAGAGGCCAGUGGCGUUACCUCUAUCCUUUCUUGUUUUUGAGGUUGAUCUGAAUCUUCCCUCCCGGAGUCCCACCUAGCCUUGUCUUCUUGCUCCAUUCUGUAAAAGACAAACCCUAGAAAAUUAAAGGGCGAGAAAGCAGAGAGCUAGGGAGAAACCCAAAAACCAAAACCAAAAGAAAAGAGUGAGGCAGAGAGAAAAGUGAGUGCAGGUGAGUUCACUCUCCCCGGGCUGUUGCACGUUUGCACCACCACAUGAUGCGGCUGCCCUCGUUUGUUCACAGAAAAAUAUUCUUUCUUUUAAAAAGUGGAUUGUUUGAAAAUUAACUCUUAAAAUUUAAAUUAUUUUUUUAAUAUCUAACGUCAUGGAAAAUAAUUUCUAAUAAAAUGGAUUAUUUUUAAAUAUUUUCCUGCCCCCCUCCCCCCUCUCUUUCCCGAGCACUUCAGCCUAUCUAUCUACUUUCCUGCUAUAGAAAGGUGAAGUUUUUGUGGUAUGUUAUUAUUUUGGGUUUUCCAUCACCAUGGAUUCUUAUGAAGCUGCUAACAUGGUGUUUUCAAGGAUCCAAAACUUGGAACCUGAAAAUGCCUCAAAAAUCAUGGGUUAUCUUCUCUUGCAAGACUAUGGAGAGAAAGAGAUGAUACGUUUUGCCUUUGGACCAGAGACUCUUCUGCACAAUCUCAUUCUCUAUGCCAAAACCCAACUGGGAUUUCUCUCAAACAAAACCUCUUCUUCACCUUUUAUUCCUUCCUCUAGACCCAGUCCCUUGUCCAUCCCCUCUUCAAGAAUCACAAACAACAAUGGCUUUGACAUCACAAACCCCUCUUCUCCCUCUACAAACUCUUGGCAUUUUUCGACUCCCAACUCCACCUCUCCACUCUCUUAUGCCAGCGUUGUUAAUGGAGCCAGUAGUAUUAAUGCUAGUUCAACACCUUUUCAGCCCACCGUCUCGUUAUCUAAUGCGUUUCCUUACAGCAAUAACAAUAGUAGUGCCAGUGAUCUCGUUGAUGAAUAUGAACUCCAGGAUUGCUUUUCCUUUCUCAAUGAUUCAAAGACAGAUGGUUUAUUUGAUCAAAGGGCAGAGUUAGCCACGAGUCCAACUGAAUAUGGUGAUAACGGCUCGCACAAGCGAAGUUUUUCAGUACCAGACACGUGUGUUGGUUCGGAAGAUUCAAACUCCAGGUUUGGUUGGAAGCCUUGCUUAUAUUUUUCGAGAGGGUUUUGCAAAAAUGGUUCAGGUUGCAGGUUUGUUCAUGGAGAUUCGGCUGAUACUGCUGCCAUUGUUGGUUCACCAGGUGAACUCUACGAGUUUGAACAGUGUCUACAAAUACUCAGGUCAAAGGCUGCUGCCCAGCAAAAGAAUCUAGCAGCAGCCUCCCAGUUCAUGGCUGGAGCUAAUUUUUUAUCUCACAAUAAAAGCUUGGACUUCCUUCAUCAGCAACAAAAUGACAGCCAAAGAUCAGCUGCGGUAGCUGCAUUGAUGAUGGGGGAUGAGCUUCACAAGUCUGGAAGAAUCCGGCCUGGAAGGAAUGAUUUUUCGCAAAUUGGACUGGGAGGGGCAACGAGCCCAAGUUCAAGACAGAUCUAUUUGACAUUCCCAGCUGAUAGUACGUUCAGAGAAGAAGACGUUUCAAAUUAUUUUAGCAUUUACGGGCCUGUGCAAGAUGUGAGGAUCCCAUACCAGCAGAAGAGAAUGUUUGGAUUUGUUACUUUUGUGUUUGCAGAGACAGUGAGGCUUAUUUUGGCAAAAGGGAACCCGCAUUUUGUAUGUGAUUCCCGUGUGCUUGUUAAGCCUUACAAGGAGAAGGGAAAAGUCCCAGACAAGAAGCAUCAUCAACAGCAACAGAUUCAGAGGGAAGAGUAUUCAGCUUGUCCGAGCCCAUCCAGGAUCAAUUCUAGAGAGGCAUUUGAUCUCCAUAUUGGAGCUAGAAUGUUAUACAAUACUCAAGAGAUGCUGAGCAGGAAAUUAAAGGAAGAGGCUGAUUUCCAGCAAGCUAUUGAAUCCCAAGGGAGAAGGCUAUUGAAUCUGCAACUUCUAGACUUGAAAAAUAACAAUCAUCAACAUCAACAUCAACAUCGAUCCCUUCAUGGUUUGUUAACUGGGUCUCCGCCUACACCAACUAUCCUGCACAGUCCCAACAAUCAAACUCCCUUUUUUCCUGUUGAUGACAUUGAUCAAGAUGUUCCUCGAGGUAAUGGUGGCAACCCUGAUGCCGCAGUUGCUCAAAAUGCUGUUUCAGAUGUUGACAAGGAAGGGAGUCCAGCUUGCGAUCACAAUGAUGGCAAUAGCAAUCAUAGAGAUAAAGAGGAGAAGUCCAACAAUGAAGAAAGCUAUCUCCAUGAAAAUUUGGAGCAUAUUCUCCCAGACAAUCUCUUUGCUUCUCCUAAGAAAUCAGCUGGUGACCCCCUCACUGUCUUCUCCGCAGCUUCCGUGGAGGCUGAUGAAAAUACCACAAGCACUACAUCAUCUUCUCUCAACAUGACCUCUCUUAAAUCAUGUUCUCUCCAAAAGCCCAGGUUGUCUUCCGGGCCUGGAACCGUUGGCAUAUAGGGGGCAAAAGUGAGCGUGGCCAGCAGUGGAGAGAUUUGACAAUUUUUUAGGGUGAGAGAUCAGCAAAAUUUGUGUAGUGAAAAUUAUAGAUAUAUUGGAAGCACAUUCAGAAGUAAAAGAAAUCCUCUAUAGCCAAAAAACUAUAGCCACGACAAAGAAAAGGAUCUGUUGACCAGAUCUCAGCAAAGAUCACCAUCGUCAUUAAAACACACUACUUACAGCGAAUACAUAAAAGCAUACAUAAAAGAGCAGAUGAACUGCAAGGGAGUGGGGUCUCCCUCUCUGCGGGUAUGUACGUGCUGGGGGACCACUCAACAAUUGCAUUGCAGAACAAACAAAAGUCCAGUAGUGAAUCCCUUAUUUGUAAUUCAAGUGCUUUUCUUUAUUUUGUUUUACCCUCCUUUUAGUAUGAGGUGAAAAGAAAUAGAAAUUAAGACUGUAUGGAAGAAAAAUACUACUUACGUCACUGUGUACAGAAAUAGACCCCAGUAAGUUAAGAA